AUGCCUGGAACAAGCCAUAUCGAGGUUGCAAGCUACCCCUCUCAGCUCGAAAUUCGAAAUUUCAAUGGUGGAAGCACCUACGGUGGUCCAGCGUACAUGCCAGGUCUCUUGGUCAACACAUGGGAGCAGGGCUUGGACAACGCACUUGUCGCAACGGACAGACAAGGUGAUCCAUCGUUCAUGAUAACGAAGUAUGCGCUGCCACAGAUGCCCGAACCAACUGUUCGACAGGUUGCAAACAAGGUCAGUGUUGCAUCCAAGAAGUACCUGAAAUACAACACGCAUCAAGGCUGCACCGAUCUUACGUCGCCGAGCUUCGAUUACAAGGCCAAUUCUGGUGAUACCUCAUUGUGCAGUCUUGCACCCAAUAACUACACGUUUGGUGGCGUCUUCCAGAACUGCUCAUCUCCGCAAGACUAUGGCAGAGAUAUUUGUGCAGGGCUCAGACAGAAGAAUCCGCUCUCAGGAACAUAUGGUUGCCCGAGUGGAUAUGAUGCCGUGAAACUGAACACCGGCUCUGAGACAUUCAACUGGAACGACCAUGAGUGCCACACCGAAUACCAUCACUGCGGGUUUCUUUGGCUGCAGAAGUGCGGCAGGCAGGUGUGCAGCACGCAAUACCUUGGAGCGGUAGCUAACUACGAGACGUACUGGUGCGUGAAGCUGGGCCCUGUGGAGCCCAAGUCUGGAUACCUUUUCGGCGGCAUUUACAGCGCCAGCUCCACCAACCUUGUGACCGGGCACACACAGCUGUCCCAAGUUCUUCUACCCGCUGUCUAUGGCAGUAGCAUGAAGGUGUGCGUCAGUGACAACUACGAGCAGGGUAUCGCCUCCUCUGUUCCAUUCGCAGGGUUCUUCAGUUGUCAUAUUGGCAACCCACUGUCCCUGAUCAGCACACCAGCUGCUGAAAAGGCAGGGAUUAGUGCAGUUGGCUAUGGUCUUCUGAUAGGAGAGGAGAGCUGGCCGCACCACUGCCCGCACGGCUAUGCCCAGCAUUUGGCAAGCAUUGACGAGUCAUGUGCAGUGGAGUAUUGUGUCAAAUCGCACGCUUUCGAUAGGCCAUCGCGACUCCUGCUCAAGCGGCCACCAUACGGCAAGGCAUACCCAAUGCCACAGAAUAACACUGUAGAACUGAACUUCAUCACCGGCCCGAGUGGUAAAACAUGGUCGAGGAAUGGCACAGCUGGCUCUUGGAAAAGGAAUUUCCGUGGACUUGAGCUAGAGGCCAUCCAACAACCAAGCUCGAGCCUGCAGACCCCAUCGCAUCACACUGACACGCAAAUGGUGGCGGGCGUUUCCGUUGCCAGCGUAUUUGCCUGCGUCCUGCUCAUUGCCCUGGUCGUGACUUGCCGCAAGAACCAGCGGCUUCAGAGGCGCGGCUUCCAGCCACCCCUGAUCAGCGGUGAGACAGCGUCGACGUCAACGGGAUACACGUCGGUGAACACCACACCGGCCCCCGACGCAAUAAGCAGUGAGAGUGCAAGACAGAGAACCGGUUACUCCACGCUUGGCUAACUGCAAGUCAUUACACUCGUACUGUAUAGUAUGCCACGGGGAAAUCCCCUUCUUACUGUCAUCGGUUGUAUGCCACUCCUGCUGAUCACUGUAUACUAGGACAAAGUUUCAUCACCAUUUUUUUCAAUUCUCCUGAUAUUUGAUAUGAGUUGAUUUUUUUAAUGGUUUUUUUGCUUCCCCAGCGAAGUCAACGGUCUUGUGUUGCCAUGCAGCUUUUUGUAAUGUAUAGUGUAUCGGAUUUUCUACAGGCCUAUCUAUGCCCAUAAUGGACUCUAUCUAUCUAUCCAACUCUCUCUCUCUCUCCUUCUCACAUCCUGACGCUCUUUCGUUUAGUUUGUCGUUUUUAAUUUUAACUCUAUCAAAUUAUCUCUCUGUUUUCCUCUUCUUCCCACGUGGGGACAAUUCAUUCGUUCUGUUUGCCUUUUUCAUAGCUACGGGAUCUUUUCUUCGCUACCGUAACGAAGAAGACCAUUUGUUGCUGUCAUGUGCUUCUUCUGUUUUAUGUAAAUUGUAUCGGUUUCUUCGGGCCUAUUUAUGCCUCGAAUAGUCUCUCCCACUUCUCCCUCCCAUGCAUACGCACAAUUCUUUCAUUUUGUUUGUCGUUUUCAUGGCAUGGAAUUCAUUCUCAUCACUUUGCCUGCUUUGCGCUUUUCCAAAACGGACUCGACCAUACCAA